GUGUGACUCACAGAAUCGGAAAUAGCCUCCUCUCUCAGCUUUUUCCUCCAUUUACCAGUAACACUGUGUUCUCGUCGUUGUCAUCUCCUCUUCUACUACCCCAGUUUUCCCCUUUCAUUAAAUUCAAAUUAAAACGACUUAUCAUUAAUUUCACUACUACAAUUCAUCAUCAUCAUCAUCAUCAUCGAUACCAUAGCUAUUAUUCCCCCCAUUUUCCUCAUCUCCCAAUCUCACACAAUAAGCACUUCCUAUGGUGUGUCAAUAAUCACUUUUCUGAAUAAUCAUCACACAGAGUCCAACAAGUUCACAUGGGAUUGCGAACAACCUUUAGAAGGAGAAACAUCCAAGGUUGUUACGCUUACCCUCUAAUCAAUGGAAUCAAUAAACCAAUCCUUAGACAAAUUCUACUCUCCCCACGCGCGCGAAUCGCUCGACGAAUUGUCUGAGCACUUCACAAUCACCGACCCUUCCAUUUCCGGUCACCCCAUAGUCUUCGCCAGCCACGCGUUUCUCAAGAUGACCGGCUUCACGCGCGACGAAGUCGUUGGUAGAGGCGGUGCCAUGUUUCAGGGUCCAGCCACGUGUCGUAGGGCGGUGAUGCAAAUUCGGGAAGCUGUUAGGGAGGAAAGAGAGGUUCAAGUUGUUUUGGUUAAUUAUAGGAAAAACGGCACGCCGUUUUGGGUUUUGUUGAAUGUUUGUCCUGUUUUUAGUGCCAACCGUGGUGCUGUUGUUCAUUUUGUUGCUGUUCAGGUUCCGUUACAUGGGAAUUCCAGGGUUUGUAGUUCUGUUGCUCAUGAAUUUGUGUUCCGUUGUUGUCGGAAGGAAGUUUGUUCCGAUUCUUUGGCGGAACUUAGUCGGGUUUCUUCGGCUAAUCGAGUGUUGGAACAUGAUAUCUCGGAAUUGGAGAGUGAAGAGCCGCGUGAGGCAAGUGGUGAUGAGAGGAGAAGUGCUGCGAUGGCCAUGGACAACAUCUUUUCUGUGCUAACCCACUUUAGCGAGUUGACGGGAAAAUUGGUGUGUAGAAAGAGAUGCAGCAUGCCUGACGCGGGUCUUCUUAGCUCCUCCUUGAUUAUUUCUCUUGGUAGAAUCAAACAAAGCUUUGUAUUAACUAAUCCACAUUUGCCAGACAUGCCUAUUGUUUAUGCCAGUGACGCCUUCAUGAAAUUGACAGGUUAUGCGAGAGAUGAGGUAUUGGGCCGCAAUUGUAGAUUUUUAGGUGGAAGAGAUACUGAUGCCUCAACUCUACAUCUGAUAAAGGAGAGCGUCAAAACUGAACAACCAUGCACAGUACGUAUUUUGAAUUACAGGAAGGAUAAAAGCUCAUUUUGGAAUCUACUUCACAUCUCACCUGUUCGGGAUGCUUCUGGAAAGGUAGCAUACUUUGUGGGAGUCCAAAUAGAAGUCGACUAUAAAAACGAGGAUUUUAGGCGGUGUUGGAGACCUGACAUGAAGCAGCUUAGCGUGGUUGGUGGAGUCAAGGUUGCAGUGAGGAGUUUAUCCAUGUCUGCUGGGUCGUCAAAGACAUAGUCAUAGGAAAAUGUUACUCCAUUGGGAAAAAUUUUCAAUCUCAACUAGUAAUCGUUGAGAUGAUAGAGAGGGGUGAAAAAAGUGAUUUAUGAAAGAAAAAAAAGGUCCAUAUUGUCAAUUGUAAUUGUAACUUGUAAAAAACUAGACAUUAUAUGUUGGAAGUCUAUAAAAUGUGCUCUUUUUCUAGCAAA